AUAAAGCAACAAAACACUCUACACGAAGCUAAAAAUCAAUCCUCCAUUAUUGCAAUUUUAGUGAGAGAAACUUAAAAUUAGAGAGAGAAAGUAACAAAGUAACACUAAUGGUGGCGGAGAGCUGGAGCACGACGGCGAAACGCUGUGACGCCUGCAAAACGACGCCGUCCACGGUGUUCUGCAAGGCUGACAUGGCUUUUCUCUGCUUACCAUGCGACUCCAAAAUCCACGCGGCGAAUAAGCUCGCGUCGAGACACGCGCGCGUCUGGGUCUGCGAAGUGUGCGAGCACGCGCCGGCGAGCGUCACGUGCAAAGCUGACGCCGCCGCACUCUGCGUCACUUGCGACCAAGACAUCCACUCCGCCAACCCGUUAGCUGGACGCCACGAGCGGUUCCCAAUAGUUCCAUUCUACGACUCCGCCUCCGCCGAGUCUCGAUCUGCUGCUGCGGAUCACGAGCACGAAGAAGAGGAGACAGAGGAAGAAGAGGCGGAGGCGGAGUCAUGGCUGCUUCAAGUGCCGAGUAAUAAUACUCAAGGAAUUGAGUAUAAAUCGGCGGAGUAUUUGUUUAGCGAUGCAGAUCCGUAUGUAGAAAUGGAUAUUAUUGCAGAUCAGAAACCAUGUAGUACUACUAAUAUUGUUCAACUUCAUCAUAAUCAUCAAGAGUAUAAGGAAGAUUGUGUUGUGCCUCAUGUAAUGAACAAAAAUGAGAUCCAAUUACAAGGCCAAGUUGUUGAUGGAUACCCGACUUAUGAAAUUGAUUUUUCUUCUGGAUCUAAAUCUUUCAUGUACCACUUCAGUACUCAAUCCAUUAGCCAAAGUGUCUCUUCAUCAGAAGUGGGAGUUGUGCCUGACCAUAACACAAUGACGGAUGUAUCAAACACGUUCGUUAAAAACUCCGUCGUUAAUGGAUUACCUAACCCGGUUUCAAGUUCAGACAGAGAAGCAAGAGUAUUAAGGUAUAGAGAAAAGAGAAAGAAUCGAAAAUUCGAGAAGACAAUACGAUAUGCAUCUAGAAAGGCCUACGCUGAGACUCGACCGCGAAUCAAAGGGAGAUUUGCUAAACGUACGGAGAACGAUGUGGGAGACUCCCUCGUCGCCUCCGACGCUUCAUACGGCGUCGUUCCAUCGUUUUGAUAAUUUUAAAAAGUAUUUCUUUUCAUGUUGUUGUUGCUAAUGAAGGAGGAGUAGCUAGUACUAUAUUAUGUGUACAUAUUUUAUUUUAUUUUUGGUUUAUUUGGUACAAUUUCCCCUUCUACUUUUAUUUGUUUUGUAAUGUAAUGAGCUUUUCUUAUUUUAUAAAGAAAAUUAGCUCUAUGGAAACUGAUUAACCAUAUGGUAUUAAAAAGCUCUCGUGUUGCUUCAA